AGAAAAGAGCUGAGAUUUUCUGGCUAACACCGCCACUCGAGAGUCGUCACAGGAUGCCAGUUCCGAGCAUUUCCAAGCCUGGGCAGGCACGAAUUGUCUGUUUUGCGUCAUCUUCCACCAUCUGUCCUGCAGACGGGUCGCGGUAACGUCCAGUUUGUCUUUGAGACCAUCUCACGAUUCCAUUGACGAGUACGAGGCCGUUACAACCUUUCGAAGCGCAGCCUGGCGUCCUCAGAACUCAGGGGUUCGGAGCUCUCUCCCGUUUCGCGCGUCCCCUUAAUUUUCCACUUCCCUCGGUGUGUGCAGAGGACGCAACCCGCUCUUUGUCGCGUCUCUGUUCCUUCCUGUGGUUGUUCGGGACGGGGAAAGUCUCGUAAAAUAUUUCUUCUUCAUAACCAAGUGCUUCGAUUCCGCCAGAACCUCUGGCAGAGUUGCACUGUCCACUAAUCUACUCUUGCCCGUUCAAAACUCUUCACCAUGGCGAUCGGAAGAGGGAACGCACCGAGCUCGAUGGGCGCCGAGGAGUGCCCAAGCAUCCAAGUCGCUGGCUUCGAUCUUCAGCGAAUGAUGUCUCACUGGGACGCCAAGCUGAAUGCGUACCCUGUCGUUGCCCAAGCUUCAGAAAAAUUGGGAAUCCGCUCGUCCAUCCUGUUUUCAGGCUUCUCAGUUUUCCUUCUGUUUUCCCUCGGCUUCGGAUGGGGAGGAGGCAUCGUUUGCGAUCUUACGGGUUUUCUUUACCCAGCUUGGCAAUCCUUCAAGGCAGUUGAGACACCUGGACGCGACGACGAUAAGCUCUGGCUGACCUACUGGGUCGUCUAUGCCGCGUUUUCUCUGCUGGAAUACUUUGUAGACAUCAUCCUGUUCUGGGUUCCCUUCUACUAUCUGCUCAAGUGUGCAUUUCUCCUCUAUCUUUACUUGCCCUGGACUAAGGGUGCGGAGACAAUCUACAACCAGGUCAUUCGUCCCCACCUGCUGGAGCACCAGAGAUCCAUUGAUGGCGCGGUGGAACAAAUUUCCCAGGUGGGGGCGUCAGCCGCGGAGGGACUGCAGCAAGCCUUGAACGACGGUGCCACUCUGGUGAACCAGGCAGCCGGACUGGUGCGUCAGCGAAAGCCAGCGGUCGCGCAUUAAUUUUAAGAUCUUUUUCCGAUGGUCCCCGAGUGGUCAUUCUGUAGGCAAAGUCUUUCUAUUUCGGGGGACAGACUGGUUCCUCUUGUUCCUGGGGCUGGCCACGAGUGGCGGCAAACAAGGGAGCUUAGAAAGGAACGGGCUCGAAACCUAUACUCUGGAAUGAUACAAAGGAGCUCGCGAGCCAGACUGUCGCCUUCAGAAUGAGUUUAAAGCCGCAUUUUCACGUUUUCUGCACGGCUACCCACUACAGGCCCGCUUCUGCCCUCCUUGCGGUUGUGCCGAAGUCAACUGCGUGCGCCGUUGCGCUGCUAGCCCUUCACAGAGCUUCCUUAGGCGCCAUUUGUUAUUGAGUAAAACCACCGGACACACUGUGAAGUAUAGCAGCGACUUUGUUCACACUCUCAAAUUUCUUAACAAGCGACAAGAACCGCCUUUUUUGAAAGCGAACGUUCCUGCAGAAUGUCGUUCAGGUGCACGACCUUUGGUGCCGAAGUCGAGAUCACAGUUUUCGCCGAGCUCUGUGCAUCCCGGCAAAACCUCUUACGUGCUAGCAGCCGAUACCAUCGUUGAUAUUUAAAGGAUUGUGUACAGAACGGAUCGGUGGGAGAGGAAGUAGAGGUUUGGUAGUCAUCGGACUUGUGCAGAAGCAAAUACGUCUGUAGCUUUAGGUUGGCUGCAGAAGCGGUUCACGCGCAGCGUCAACCGGGACGUCAUUCGCAUACAGCCGGGCUGCAGUAUCGGUACGUGGGUCAUGUCUAACGGACUGUGUCGCCGACUAUCAGAACUAUUCACUUCGCUUUCGUUGUUAAACGCGAUGCCGCAGCGGGUAAAUACGAUCAAAGUCGGCCCAUGAAUAAUAGGCUGAAGGGAAACACGGUUUUCUCGAGAAUGAAGAGCUGACGCGGCCUGAAACAGAGUCGCUAAGCGACUCGGUGCCUUCCGUAUCUGUCGCACACCUUCGCAUAUCUGUAAAUCCAUGUAUCUUCAUUUGGUUUCAGUGGCGACAGUCGUGAGCCGACUGCGAGUUUUGGCACCAGACUUGACCAAGAUGUAUAACAAAAGUAAUCCUAUGUGACAAACUCCUUACUGGUCAUGCGGGGCGGACACGAGUAAGGCGAUGACACGAGUAAAACAA